AUGAGAGAUGGAUGUUAUUCAGUAGCGCAGUUAAUGGAUAUGGGGAAACAAAUGCUAGGUAGAAGACAUGUUAUACCAGAUGUCUUUCAUAACUUACAUGAAGUUCAAGUGGAGGGCACUUUCCCAGAUGGUAGUUAUUUGGUUACCGUUCAUGAUCCUAUUUGUACAGAGAAUGGCAAUUUAGAAAUGGCUCUUUAUGGCUCAUUUUUUCCUAUUCCAUCUAAAGAUAAAUUUCCUCCUAUAUCAUCAGAAGAAGAUUAUAUGGAUAAGAAGAGGGCUCCUGGUGCCAUCAUCGUUAAGUCUGGAAAAAUUGAAUUAAAUGCAGGUAGAAAACGAUUAUCGCUAGCUGUUACCAAUUAUGGUGAUCGUCCAAUCCAGAUUGGAUCACAUUUCCAUUUUAUUGAAGCAAAUGCAGCUUUAAAUUUCAAUCGUGCUUUAGCUUAUGGUAUGCGACUUGAUAUUCCAGCAGGAUCAGCAGUUCGUUUUGAACCAGGAGAUUCUAAAACAGUAAAUCUUGUAGAAAUAGGAGGCAACAAAGUAAUCACAGGCGGUAAUGGUCUCGCAACAGGUCCUAUUAAUUUUAAUCGUUUACCAGCUAUCAUUGAUUCCCUAGUAGCUAAAGGAUUUAAACAUGAUUCAACUGCACUUUCUCUACCACUAUCAACCGCUAUUCCAACUACAUUAGAUAGAGACUAUUAUGCUGAUCACUUUGGACCUACUACAGGGGAUCUCGUUCGUCUUGGGGAUACAGAAUUAUGGGCAAGAGUGGAAAAGGAUUAUACAGUUUAUGGCGAUGAAUGUAAAUUUGGGGGUGGUAAAGUUUUACGAGAAGGCAUGGGUCAAGCAACAGGAAGGUUGGAUAAAGAAGUAUUAGAUUUAGUUAUCACAAAUGCUCUUAUUAUUGAUUAUACGGGCAUUUAUAAAGCAGAUAUUGGUAUUAAGAAUGGAAUCAUUGUUGGUAUUGGUAAAGCAGGUAAUCCAGAUGUCAUGGAUGGUGUCACACCUGGCAUGAUCGUUGGUGCUGGUACAGAAGCAUUAGCAGGUGAAGGUAAAAUUUUUACUGCGGGCGCUAUUGAUUCUCAUGUUCAUUACAUUUGUCCACAAUUGUGUUACGAGGCACUUUCUAGUGGUGUAACAACAUUGAUAGGCGGUGGUACUGGACCCAACACAGGUACAAAUGCUACUACUUGUACUCCAGGUAAUUUCCAUAUUGAGAUGAUGAUGAAAGCGACCGAUGACAUUCCUAUGAAUUUUGGUUUCACGGGUAAAGGAAAUUGUUCAAAUAAGGAAGAAUUAGUUGAACAUAUCAAAGCAGGCUGUCUUGGUUUAAAAUUACAUGAAGAUUGGGGGACAACGCCCACUGCUAUUGAUACUUGUCUUCAAGUGUGUGAUGAAUUAGAUGUACAGGCUACUAUUCAUACGGAUACUUUAAAUGAGGCAGGGUUUGUUGAAUCUACCAUUUCUGCGUUUAAGGGAAGAACCAUUCAUACAUAUCAUAGCGAGGGUGCAGGUGGUGGACAUGCUCCAGAUAUUAUCACUGUAUGUGGAGAACCUAAUGUACUUCCAUCGUCAACCAAUCCAACACGUCCAUUUACAGCCAACACCUUAGAUGAACAUGUUGACAUGCUGAUGGUUUGUCAUCAUUUAUCUAAAAAAAUUCCUGAAGACGUUGCAUUUGCAGAAAGUAGAAUUCGAGCUGAAACAAUUGCAGCAGAGGAUGUAUUGCAUGAUAUAGGUGCCAUUAGUAUGAUCAGUUCAGAUUCACAAGCCAUGGGUAGAGCAGGGGAGGUUAUAUUACGUACUUGGAAAACAGCCAGUAAAAUGAAGCAGCAGCGUGGUACCUUAAAAGAAGAUAAAGAUACAGAAGAAGGGGGUGAUAAUUUUAGAAUCCGUCGUUAUAUUGCUAAAUAUACUAUCAAUGUUGCUUUAGCGCAUGGUAUUGGGCAUCUUGUAGGUUCUAUUGAAGUUGGUAAAAUAGCUGAUUUGGUUUGUUUUACUCCAGCCUAUUUUGGCUCGAAGCCUGAACUUAUUUUGAAAGCGGGUGUUAUUGUAUGGAGUCAAAUGGGUGAUGCUAAUGGUUCUAUUCCAACUACAGAACCUGUUAUUUCAAGACCUAUGUACGGAUCAAACCCAUCUAGUUUAUCCUCUUCUUGUUUUGUUUUUGUAUCACAAUUGUCCCUGGAUGAAGGUGUAGUCCAAGGUUAUAAGCUUCGCAAGCAAUUAAAAGCAGUAAAGGGGUGUCGUACAGUAAGUAAAAAAGAUAUGCAAUUAAAUGAUACUCUGCCAAAGAUCACAGUGGAUCCUGAGACUUAUAAAGUUCAAGCUGAUGGAGAAGAAUGUGUAUGUGAUCCUGUAUCCUCAUUACCUCUUACUCAAUCUGUAUACCUAUUUUAA